AUGGGGAGACAACUCACGUACUGGUGCCCCCGCUACCACUACCUUGCUCUCAUCUGUUUCCUUCUCCUUGCCCUCGCCCUCCCCUCGGCCGGAAACGUGCAGCUGGAUGCGCUCAAGGCACUGUACGAUGCAACAGGAGGGAAGAAGUGGCGGGUGGCGGACGGAUGGUCCAAACCGCUGGCGGUCAAGUUCUGUGACGGGUGGACGGGCGUGGUGUGUGACGGGAACGAGAACGUGGUGGCGCUCGAGUUGGCGGGGAACAACCUGGUGGGUCAGCUGCCGAGCAAACUCGGCGCUCUUCAGUCGCUGGUCACACUCAAUCUGUCGAGCAAUGCGCUGGAUGGAAGCAUUCCCCCGGGCAUCGGCGGAUCGCUCGAGGCGCUCAACGUGCUAGACUUGUCGGACAACGCGCUGGCCGGGCCCAUUCCACAGGCCUUUGCUGGCCUGGUCAGCCUCUCCAAGCUCUGGCUCGCUCACAACAAGCUUACCGGCUCAGUGCCAGAUCUCUCGCAGCUUCCACUUGUCGACCUUGAUGUGGCCUAUAACAAGCUCGACGGCGAGACGCCCGAUUGGAUGGCAUGCUCAGGCGGGGCCUUGGCGUGCGACGCAUCGCACAACCCGGCGUUGCUGUGCCAGAGUGGGUGCGGCGGAAACGCGUGCGCGGUGCGCGGAUGCGAGUGCUCGACGCCGUGCCAGUCGUCGGAUGACUGUGCGGGCAAUCUGGCCGGGUGCUUUGAGUGCCUCCCGCAGGGCGUGUGCGGGCGCAGUCUGUUCCCGCCGCCGCCACCGCCGAGUGUCUCGCCGCCGGCGCCGCCGCUGCAUCCGCCGCCGACGCCUGUCGUUCCGCACGUGCCCGCGCCGCCACCGCCGCCGUCGGGGCGGACGCCGACCCGGCUCCGGACGUCGCACCAUCUCAGCGACGUGCUGUAUGCAGUGCUUGCGGUCACCUUUGCGGCGCUCCUCCUCGGCUUUGGCACGCUGUUCAUUGUACUCCGGCUUCGGCGUGAGACGCCGCUGCGUCCGCGCGAGUAUGUCCGGCUCCCGCGCCCGGACCGCACUGAGCGGCCCGGGUCGGCGCCAGGCCUCGUCUCGCCAUCCAAGGACGAGUUCAUGCGGCUCGCCAUCCGCGAGCGGGCCACCGAGGUCAACACGCGGUACAACGCCGAAAACUACUUUGCACCGCCGCGGCCGCGUGCCAACUCAGGCCCCGACCGCAAGGUCAAGUUUGCCGAAGACGUCAAGGUCAAGAUCAUGACACCGCCGCCGUCGCCGUACUCGUCGACGACGUCGUCGGCCCAGCACGCGUCGCCGGCGCUGCCGCCGCCGACCGGCCCGGCUCCGCCACCGGCCUCGCUGCUCGAGCGGUUGUAGCCGGUUACGGCGGCGGCGGCGGGUGGAGCAUGACCUCAAAGCCCGAUGUCGCCCCGAGCGCGACCACGAUGAUGGCUAGCAGCAGGGCCUGCUCGCCCCGCCCACGCACCUCGUCCCAGGCUUCGGGCAGGAGCUCGGUCCAGCACAUCAUGACCAUGGCGCCGGCGGCGAGGCCGAGGCCAACCGGCAGCACCGGCGCAAAGGCGUCAACAAAGACAAAGGCCGGCAGAGCCAUUACCGCUUGAGGAACGGAAGAAAAGAUGGCCCAUGCCAUGGCCUCAAGCGCGCUCUUGCCCUGUUGGACCAUGACGAGCGCAAUGGCCAGGCCCUCGGGCACGUUGUGCAGGGCGAUGGCGAGCGACAUGAACGGGCCGAGUCCGACCGAGCCGCCAAACGAGACGCCGAGGCCCACGCCCUCGGUGAACGAGUGGAGGGUAAAGACAAGGACAAACAGCA